AUGUCCGGAGACACGUUUCUGGCAGAGUUAGGAUAUAAACUAGGAAAAACCAUUGGUGAGGGCAGUUACUCCAAAGUUAAAGUAGGCAGUUCCAAGAAGUACAGGGAGAAUGUUGCUAUAAAAGUAGUAGACAGGAAGAAGGCUCCCCCAGACUUUGUUAAUAAAUUCCUGCCAAGGGAGUUGGCUAUCCUGAGAGGGAUCAAACAUCCUCACAUUGUUCAGGUCUAUGAAUUCAUUGAGGUUUGCAAUGGGAAGCUCUACAUUGUCAUGGAGCAGGCUGCGACAGAUCUUCUCCAGCUGAUUCAACACAGGGGCCAUAUCCCAUGUAAUGAAGCUCGCCACUUGUUCUCCCAGAUCGCCUGUGCUGUCAAAUACCUUCAUGAGCAUGACAUUGUCCAUCGUGACCUCAAGUGUGAGAACAUCUUGUUGACUGAAGAAAUGCAGGUAAAAAUCACCGAUUUUGGAUUUGGAAAGAAAAUUCAUGGAUACCCUGAUCUCAGCAGCACCUACUGUGGCUCUGCAGCCUACGCCCCCCCAGAAGUCCUCAUGGGAGUGCCCUAUGACCCCAAAAAGUAUGACAUUUGGAGCCUGGGGAUCAUCCUCUACGUGAUCGUGACAGGUUGCAUGCCAUUUGAUGAUUCGAAUAUCGGCAAGUUACCCAAGAGCCAACAGAAAGGAGUGGUUUACCCAGAGACCAUCCAGCUGGAGGAGAAGUGUAAGUGCCUGGUCAGAGAGCUGCUGCAGUUUUGCCCAUCAGGACGGCCUGCCGCCAACCAAAUAGUCAAACACGCAUGGAUUAGGGACAAGUAG